CUGAAAAGGAGGAAGAUGAUAAGGCCUGAGGAUUGGAGACUUUACUGGCACCGUCUUCUCUUGCUAACGUGAUAAACACAUUGUUGUUAUUUUAUUACCGAGUUUUUCGUAUUUCUCUGACGGCGGUGUUUAGUUCUGUCAGUUUAUUUAGUAUUUUAACCAUACGAUGACGAGCCUGUGGGGCUUUUCAGCCACUGAAGUCACCCCAUUACUGUGCAACUGAGCCCAUACCGAAGGUGUUGCUGUGUGAAGGAUGCUCAAGCCAUGUCUGAUGUUGAGGUCACCUACGCAGACUUCAUCGCCUCUGGGCGGACCGGACGUCGGAACGCCCUGUAUGACAUACUGCAGAGUCCCACGGACCCCGAGGGCCGAGAGCUCCCCCUCACCCUGUCCCUGUCCCAGCUGCACAUCAAUGCGGGAGGGGGAGACGCCAACGACGCAGACGACAACCAAAGUUCGUCCUCCUCGGCUCAAAGAGAGGCGCAGCAAAGGAACAGCUAACCUGCCGCAACCGCUCCCAGAUGCAUGCAUCCCAGCUGCUCGUAUGGGCCUGCAACCCCGCCGCCGCCGCCCCCUCACACCUAGCGGGUGGCCCGAGGCUCGAGGAGCGCCCGUACCUGUCCAUCAUCACCACUCCCGCUGAGGUGACUCAUGAAGCAGCCAGUCACUCCAAAACCUAAAAACGAUGAGCUGGAACACGCACUUUAUACUCCCAAAUGAAAUGACGACAAAAAUAUAUCAUAUAUCAUAUUAUUAGAGAUCAUUUUGUGCCAGACUGGGGAAAAAAAGGGAGCCGGUUUAGGAGCCGUGAAAGCAAUUUGUGAGAUCGCUGAGACGUGCUAAUGUAAAGGAUGGAAGCCAGGCUAGCAUGUGUGUAGCGGCGGCAGCGCUGAUAGGGAUUAUAUUGCCGGUUAAUGGCGUGUGCUUCCUACAAAAUUGACAAUACAAGAUGAGAAAAUGGGUCUGCGGGUCGAGUGGUUAGCGCGAGACCUCACAGCUAGGAGACCAGGGUUCGAUUCCCGCCCUAGGCCGUCUCUGUGUGGAGUUUGCAUGUUCUCCCCGUGCAUGCGUGGGUUUUUUCUCCGGGUACUCCGGUUUCCUCCCACAUUCCAAAAACAUGCUAGGUUAAUUAGCGACUCCAAAUUGUCCAUAGGUAUGAAUGUGAGUGUGAAUGGUUGUUUGUCUAUAUGUGCCCUGUAAUUUUAAUUUUAAUUUUAAUUUUAAUUUUAAUUUUAAUUUUAAUUUUAAUUUUAAUUUUAAUUUUAAUUUUAAUUUUAAUUUUAAUUUUAAUUUUAAUUUUAAUUUUUAAUUUUUAAUUUUUAAUUUUAAAGCUGCCGAGCGUCAUUCGUUGCCAGAAGGUCACGGGAGGGCGGAGGAUGGAACCAGCAACCUACAAGGUUGGGAGACGACCGCUCAGUUUUGUAAAAAACAGUGUAAAAGUGACUAUAGGGGUGUUAUAUAAUGUCUGGAGGGCUCUAAUCAUGUUAAAAGCAUAUAUCGUUAAGGUGGUUAACAGGUGUUUUUUUAUGUCAUAUGUCUUAUUUUCUGUUAUUAUGUCUACUGUAGUGUAUAAUGAGGGUAUGGUGGUGACUAUAGGGUUGCUAUUUCAUGUCUAGAGGGCUCUAAUCAGGGUAAAAAGGACAUAUAGAAGGUGGUAAUCAUGUUAUGUUCUCUUAUUAUGUCUACUAUAUUGGUUAAUAGCGGUGUAAAAGUGACUAUAGGGGUGUUAUAUCAUGUCUGGAGGGCUCUAAUCAUAUUAAAAGCAUAUAUCGUUAAGGUGGUUAACAGUUUUUUUAAUGUCAUAUGUCUUAUUUUCUGUUAUUAUGUCUAUUACAGUGUGUAAUGAGGGUAUCGCGGUGACUAUAGGGGUGCUAUUUCGUGUUUAGAGGGCUCUAAGCAUAGUUAAAAGCAUAUAUCAAAGGUGGUAAACAGGUUUUUUUAUAUAUAUUUUGGGCAUAUUUUGGUCUUUAAGCUGGCGUUAAAGGGGCGAGUGAUGGGGAGGGUUCUGGACGUGUGUCGAAAUGUGCAUCAAAAAUGGCCGUAUGACUUAGUGAUUGUUUUGCGGGGAUCUCCUGUACAUGUAUGAGUUCCUAUAAAUACUUAUUGAGGACCAGGUUUUUGUCCUGCUAAAUGGGGUUCAGACAGUAGUUUUGCCAAAUAUCCAUGUACCUCUUCCUAUGUUGUAGAUCAUGAUGCAGUACGGUGCGGAGCGUCCAGUUACGUAUGCUAUCAUGCUAUCAUGUUUGUGUGAGCAUGUCCACUGAAGGACAUACAAAGAACAUUCCCGAUAUGAUGAGUAAUACCCGCAUAUCCAUGCAUGAAGGAACAUCCUUGCACGUAUUCCUCCUUCUGCAAUCAGGUUUUUCCCCCCAUUUGUACACGACCACCACGUGACCGUAGUGACAACACUGUGUUGUUUAUAAAUCGGCCUGUAGGAAUGUGAGGAGCAUGAGUUGAGUAGAUGUAUAACUGUACGUAUCGUCUGUGACCUAUUUUCUACUCGCCCUGUUCCAAGUCAAAUAAAUGGCUGUU